CCAACCCAUGGCGCUACCCGGCUCCUCCCAGGACCAGGCCUGGAGCCUGGAGCCUCCGGCUCCCGUGGCUGCUGCCUCCUCAUCUUCGGGACCCCAGGAGCGAGAGGGCGCUGGGAGCCCUGUGGUCCCUGGGGGACUCCUCCCGGAGAAGGUGAAGCGGCCCAUGAACGCGUUCAUGGUGUGGAGCUCCGCCCAGCGCCGCCAGAUGGCGCAGCAGAACCCAAAGAUGCACAACUCGGAGAUCUCCAAGCGCCUGGGCGCGCAGUGGAAGCUGCUGGGCGAGGACGAGAAGCGGCCCUUCGUGGAGGAGGCCAAGCGGCUCCGCGCACGGCACCUGCGCGACUACCCCGACUACAAGUAUCGACCUCGGCGCAAGGCCAAAAGCUCGGGCACUGGAGCUCCCCACUUCAGCCAGGGAAGAGGCAGCUUGGCCGGCGGCGGCCCUUUCUGGGGGCCGGGGUACGCGGCCACCCAGGCGAGCAGAGGCUUUGGGUACAGACCGCCCAACUACCCGACAGCCUACCUGCCCGGCAGCUACGGCUCUUCCCACUGUAAACCGGAGGCCCCUUCGCCAUGCUCCCUCCCUCAGAGCGACCCUAGGCUCCAGGGGGAGCUGUUCCCCCCCUAUAAUCCCUACCUGCCCCCAGGCUCUCCCACUGCGUACAGCCCUCCCCUCUCUGGUGCCCCCAUGCCCCUAACCCAUCUCUAACUCUCAUGGACAUGGACCUCCGGGUAAGGGCCUCGCAUUCUCCUUUUUCACUCAGAACCACCCCCUACUCCCAGGCUGCAAGCUACAGUUCACAGGCAGCCCGCAGUCUUCCCAGGAGAACCAGGGAGAACACACAACUUAUUUUUUUUUUUUUUGUAGGACUAAACACAGUUUUGUAU